GUGGCAGGGUCAUGAAGAGGCGGUGGCGGGAGAGAGGAGGAGGCGGCGGGGGCGCGAAACUGCGGUAGCCGCCCGCUGGGCUGGUGGUGUGGCUUUGUGGGGAGGGCGGACGUCCUAACCCCCUCUUGGGCAGCGGCCGGGGCUCCGGGCUGAGCGCGGCGGUGCAGCCGCCGCCCCGGGCCCCCUGGCUCCGCCAUGUUCCGCAGGGCACGCCUAAGCGUGAAGCCGAAUGUCAGGCCUGGAGUAGGCGCCAGGAGCUCUACCGCUCCCAAUCCGCAGCGUGGUCAGGAGUCUCCCAGGCCGCCGGAGCCCGCAGCCGAGUCCGCUCCGAAGCCGGCGGAGCACACCGAUGUGCCUGCGGUGGAUUCCGGAGGAGCCGAGCCCUCCGGCAAGGCUCCCGGGAGCAGUGAUGAAAAGACUGGUAGUGAAAAUAAUGUUGAAGAAUCCAAUAAAUCAUCCUCUACUGUUUCACAGAGAAGAAAGCGAUUAUCAAGUACUUCUAGUCUGGCUAAACCUAGCGUCAGUGUUCCUCCACAGUCUCAUCCCUUAGGUACCAUUAAUCAAGGCACUCCACAGUCAAAUCCCGUUCCAACAAAAGAGAAACUGCCAUGUUCAGACAGAUACCGAAUCUAUAAAGCCCAGAAACUCAGAGAAAUGUUAAAAGAAGAACUGAGAAAAGAGAAGAAACAAUGGAAAAACAAAUAUGCCAUAAAUGAAAGUCAGAGGCCACUAGAUCGUUCAAAAAUGACUAUGAGAGACUUCAUAUAUUACUUGCCAGAUAAUAAUCCAAUGACUUCUUCAUUGGAACAAGAAAAGAAAAUUGAAAAGUCGUCAACUCCAGUCCAGACAAGAGAUAGGCAAGAAAAUAAGAGUACUCUUGAUGCUAAUGAUAAUGAGGAAAUGGAAGAAGAGUCAGAUGAUGGGCCAUUGCUAGUUCCUCGAGUAAAAGUGGCAGAAGAUGGCUCUAUUAUUUUGGAUGAAGAGAGUUUAACUGUAGAAGUUUUAAGAACAAAAGGCCCCUGUGUUGUUGAGGAAAAUGACCCUAUAUUUGAGCGUGGCUCCACAACUACAUAUUCCAGCUUUAGGAAAAACUAUUAUUCUAAACCAUGGUCAAAUAAAGAAACGGAUAUGUUUUUCUUAGCCAUCAGCAUGGUAGGAACUGACUUUUCUAUGAUUGGACAACUUUUUCCUCACAGAGCAAGGAUAGAAAUUAAGAAUAAAUUUAAGCGUGAAGAAAAAACAAAUGGAUGGAGAAUAGACAAAGCAUUCCAGGAAAAACGCCCUUUUGACUUCGAUUUUUUUGCUCAUUUGCUUCAGAAAGUUCUUGCUGAGGAAGAGAAAAGAAAACAAAAAUCCGUUAAAAAUCAGAGUGUAAAGGAGAAGUCCUUCAAACCACGGAGAAAUGUGAAAGUGAAAAAAGUUACUAGGGAAGGAGUGAAUGAUGAUCCAGAUGAGUCAGUGAGUACUAAAAUUUCAGACACAGAAAGAUCUCAAAAUGAUGCUCAGAUAGUUGAAGAAGAGGAAUCUCUGAUUUCAUCAGGACAGGAUGCAGGACAAGUUGCAUUAGAACAAGAUCAAAAUCAAAACAAAAGGAGAAAGAAGAAUCAAGAUGAAGCUAAUGGACAGGAAGCAAAAAAUCUUUUAGGAAGUGCCACUCUUCAGUCAGGUCCUUCUGAAGGAGAAAAACACAAGGAUAAUUCUCAGCCUUUAAUGCUUGAGGCAAAUGAAGGUGAAUGCAAUAAAGAAGAGAUGCUUUCCUGUACGGAGAACACAGAUGACAUUGUGCAGUUAGCUUCUAGUGCUGAACAUGACAAGAAACCUGACCCUAUCAUUUCAGCAAGUAAUCAACAAGAUACCAUGCCAGCAACUACUGAGUCUCUAGGAUCAAUGAGCACUUCAGGUUUACUUUCAUCAGAAGCUGAAAUUGCAGCAUUGUGUGAAGUGAGUAAUGCUGAGAGUGGUGGUACAGAAGAAAGAAAUGAUGACCUAAAGAAUAAAUCAGUGGUAACCGAUCAAGCACAAAAUUCCAAACUGAAUUUGAGAGGUCGGCUCCAGAGACCUAAACCUAAUCUUUCAAGAGCAGCUGGGAAGAAAUCUGGCAAAACACAUGCAGAGAGCAAGAGUUUACAUUCAGAAACUCCUGUUGAAGAGAAUCACAUGGAAAAGGGGAAAAUGAAUACCUCUGACAGUUCUGGAAUGGAGCAUAUAGAAAGAGAGAACCCAGAAGCUGAAACUGGAUCUAAUUUGGGUGAAAAAACUUGUUUCCAGGAAAAUAAUCAACCAAAGGCUUUUAGAUGUGCACGACUAACGAGGGGCCGAAUGCAAAGACCAAAGCCAAAUGUAGUGAAAGCUACAGAAAGAAAAGAUGUGAUGAUAUCACAGGAAAAAAUUGGGGCCACUGUAGAGAAGAAUGAAAAUGAAUCCUGUGUUGAUAGAGAUAUUCCUCAACAAAUGGAAGAUCAGUCAUGUAAGAAUUUCCAGUGUGAAGAUAUAUCACAGCCUGAGAAAAAAGAUCCUUCAUUUCAAAACGUGCAGCCAGAUGAGCCCACGGUUCUUAAUGAAUGUGUAAGCAUUCAAGAGGAGAAUGCAGCAAAUAUCCUCAAACAAUUUCCAGUUUUAAGGACUCGAUUUAAGAAACUAAAACCAAAUAUAGGAAGAGGAAGUACAAGAAAAGCAAUUUCCUCAAAGGAAAAGGUACCAGAGGAGAUUCCUGCUCCUGGGGAAAUGACAACAACUUUGAGUGAAAUCCUAAUACUAGACACCUCAUCAAUGGAGAAGGUGCCAAAUACAACUACUACUACUAAGGAAUUGGACUCAGAUUUCAAAGGAGGUGGGAGGAGUGACAUUUCUCUCAAAGAGAGGAUGCCGGAAAUGACUGAUGUCACUGUGGAAAUGGAGACAGAUGUGAAGUCAACUGGCAAAAAUAUUUCUUCAAGGGAGAAGAUGCCAGAGUUGAUUGAUACCACUGAAGAGAUUGACACAGAUUUGGAAGAAACUAGAGAAGUAUCCCCACAAGAAAAUGGCCCAGAGAAGGUCAAACCUAUAAUUGAAAUGAAGACAGAUUUGAAAGAAAUUGGAAGAGGGAGAACACCAGGGAUGAUUGAUAGCACUGAAGAAAGUGAGACAGAUUUAGAAGAAACUAAAGGAAGAGAAAUCCCUGUAUUGCCUCAGGCUCCAGAGGAGGGUAAAACUAUAGGUGAAAUGGAAAUAUAUUCGAAAGGGAUUAUAGGAGAAAAGUCCUAUAAAGAAGAGAUAUUAGUAGAUGUCAGUGCCAUAGGGGAGAGGGAGAUGGAUUUGAAAGAAACUGGAAAAACAGACAUUUCCCUGGUGGAGACAGUGUCAGGAGAAAUGAUUGCCACUGAGGAAACCAAAGCAGAUUUAAAAGAAACAGGUAGAGAAGUUUCUCUCUCCUGGGACAGAGUAUCUGGAGAUACUGAUAUUUCUGAGGGAAUGGUGGCAGAUUUGGAGAGACCUGGAAAUGUAGACAUUUGUCUAAGGGAAAAUGAAGCAGAGGAAUCUGGUACCUCCAGGCAAACUGAAACAAAUACCAUGCAGAGUGGUAGUGGAAACUGCAAUCCUAGUCCUGCUCAGGAUAUGAAAAACACGAGUAGUGAAGUAGUAUUGGUGAUGUAUGCCUCUAUAGAAGAGAAAGAAGAUUCUGAAAAGGAAGCGUCAAGUCACUUAAGUCAACUGAAGACUUCUUCACAGAAUUCUGUACUCUGUGAAGCAGAAGACCAGCUGGUGCAACCUCCACAUGUUCCAGAGCAGCUUACAGAUACUAAUUUAAGCAAAUCUCUUCCUCAAGAACAGAAGCCAGUUGAGGUUAAAUCAGCACCUUUUGUGAGAAGUCGAUUUAAAAGACCAAAACCAAACUUGGCAAGAGCAACUUUAAAGCGAGAGACUACAGGAGCAGGAAAACAUGCGCCUGAGAAGAAAUCAGAAGUGGAUGAAGUGGAGGCCAUUGUGAUACAGCAGGGCAGUGAACAAACUAGCACUCUCUCUUCCCAGCAUGAUGUGGGUUCCUUAUUGAUAUCAAGAGAAAAAGAAAAAUCAAAUCAUCAGGAGGAGGAAGCCGUGAUACUACCAUGUAUACACAAUGAAAAGGACCCUUCACCUUCACAUUCUUAUGAACCCAAGGGGGAGUUGCAGUUAACACAAAACCAGGAAAAUGACUUAGUUGUUUCUGUGGGGACUCAAAAGAUAAAUACUUUCCAACAAGAAACAAAGGAAAGUGUCCAAACAGCUCUACCACUAAGGGGCCGACUCCAAAGACCGAGACCAAAUGUACGAAGGGCUAGACAGCGGCAAAUAACAGAGAAAGGUGAAGCUGAAGGCAUAAUUAAUGAAGAACAAGUAAUACUGCAAAAAGAUGGAACUGACAAGAAAUCUCUGACUCUGUCCAAUUCUCAAAUUGAAAGUGAAAUUGAAGUUGUAUCCUCCAGAGUUUCAGAAUGUAGAGUGGAUGAAAAUCAAAGUCAUGUGGUUCCUGUAGAAAAACUCCCUGUUAACGCAGGAAAUGCUUUAGAUGAGAAAAUGAGUGCUGGGGUUCAAACUCAGGAAGUUGCAUCUCCUAUACAUGAAAAUAAACCAUAUGUUCCUAGUUCAGCACAAUUGAUAAGAAGGCAGUUCCAAAGGGCUAAGCCAGAUUUGGGAAAAGGACUCGGUAAGAAAGAGGAGCCAGGUAGAGAAAAAGGCACAACAGACCAGAGUGAGGCACGCCAACUAGAAGAGAAUUUGCUGCAGCAAGGUGAUUCUGACACCCAGCUCCUUCUAAAAGAAAAGGCUGAGAUUCUGACCUCUCUGGAGGGUUCAGUAAGAAAAGAUUGUGUAAAUUCCAAAGAGGCUGAUUUGACCAAAACAGAUGCUCAAUUAGAAGUUGUACCAUCGGGAAGUGUUGGAGAGGAAAUUGCAGGAGAUAAUUCUGUGUCUUCAGUGGUUGAAGAGCAGUAUCUCAGUAAAUUAACAAGCCGGCCACAAGUGUUGAAAGGAUCAAAUUACUCUAAAAUUGUUCCGGAUCGAAGAACAACUACCUUUUCUGUCUCUGAGUGUGAGACAGACCAUAGUGGAAAGAGAACACAUAGGAAGAUCAAACCAAAUGUCACCAAAGGGCGCGGAUCAAAGCGAAUUCGAGGUAAGACUGCUAAGAAGGAACCUAGAGCUUCCAAGUCCAUGCUGGUGACUCUGCGGGCUUCCCAGGAAGAGGAUGAAGAUGAUGCUGAAGAUUUUGAAUCUGAGUAUGAAGAAGAAACCUGUCAUCUUGCCCCAGAAGAAUUAAACAAAGCACCAGUGUUUGUACCUGUUGGUCUCAGAUCCCCCGAACCUGUUUCUGCUCAGAUUGAGGAAACAAUGGAAGAGCUUGAAAUAACCGUGAAUGUUGCAGACGAAGGAUGUGUAACUGUUGUUGAACAUCAGCUUUUAAACACAGAUAUGACUUUUCAGGAAGUGAAGCAAGAACAAAAUUUGAAUGUACCGUCAUUUGGAAUGACCUUAGGUGAACAGACCCAAGAUGAACCAGGUCCCAGUGACGGAAGCACUGAAGCUGCUAUAACCUUACUUACAAUGGGAGAGAUAGUAUUGCAGUCAGAGAUCAGUGCUGAGCAUGGGGAAGUAGGUGUAUGUGUUUUUCCUGAUGUUCAUUCGAAGGAUGAAAGUCAUAUGCGUUUUAGCCCAGAUAAUGUAAAUCAUAAAAUUAAUCAUGAAUAUCAGGAACUUUCUUCAUGUGUCAUUAGUACAUCUCCUGCAUCAUUUGAAGAAAACAAGAUUGUGUCGGAGGAACAAAGUACUGAAGAAGAAGUUGGUUUAAUGGAGGAAGUAAAGGAAAACUCUACAUCAACCAGGAAUGCAGCUUCCAAAGUGACCAAUAAUUUAAGAAUGAGAAGUCGAUUUAAGCCUGAGCCGAAUCUUGAGAUUUUAGGGACCAAUAGGUUUGAUGCUUAUCAAGAAGGUCCAGAUGGGAAAGAAGUGGAAAUUCAAGGAGAAACUGAGAAAGAUGCUUCCAAAGCAACAGAAUUGGAAGAUAAAAACCUUUGGCCAGUCACAACAGCAGAGAGUAAGGAGCAGAACCAGUUGGCGUGUGUACAUGAUAUCAGAGGGACCAGUAUUUCACAAGAAGCAAACCUAACUGAAAGAAAUGAAGAUCAAGAAGAGAGAUGUCAAGGGGUUCAGAUAUUGUCGGUUGUUCCAAUUGUUUCUUCUCAGGCAGGGCCCCACGUACUUGGUUCGAAUUGGGGUCUUGGUGAAAGUUCUCUUGAUGAGCCCCUGAGAAAGGACUGUAAAGGAGAUAGUGUGCUCACGCUUCAUAUGUCAGAGUGUUCAACAGCUAGUGUUCCCGAAGUUCAACAAGAGAAUGUAAUCGAUCCUCAAGACCUAGCAGGGAAUCUUUUUUCUAAUAUACAUCAAGAUGGAGAUGAUGAACAAGCAUUCAUUUUAACUCUGGUGGAAAUCCCAACCAGUGCAGCAGAAGAAUUCACUGAUGCCUCUGCACAGUUAAUGUCAAGCCCUCUACUGCCAGCUCCCAUAUUGGUCAAAUCUGGGAAUGUGGAAGAAAGGGGUGACAUGAGUGUGAGUUUGCCAGUAGCUUCAGUUGUUCAAGAUGCCAUGUGUUUAUCUAAUUAUGGAAGAGGUGAUUCUGAAAAGCCUCCUGAUAAUUUGGAUCUUAUAUCUAGGAAGAGACUUCACUGCAGGCUUGAUGAAAGUGACCAUGUUCCUCCUGCCAAAAAAUGUUUACUCCCUCCAAGUGCUGAUUGUCAAGAAUAUACCUCUGAGAUGUGUUCAAAGGAAUUAAAUGUUUUUGAGGAAACAGAGGAGUCUUUUAAGGAACAGGACAUUUUUCCCACUUCAGGAAGCACACGUGCAACUCCAGCACCUCAGAAAGAGCAACUGGAAUCAGCUUUGCAGAAUGUAGGAUCUAGAUCUCCUGAUAAAAUAAGAGAUCCAUCUAUAGAAAAGAACAUGCCUCAGUUGCCUCAGGAUGAGAUGGCUGUGUCUGACAAAGAAGAAAGAACUGAAGCUUUUUCUAAAUCUGAACAAGUGGAUAGUAGAACAUCAUCUUCAAAAACCCCACUAUCCAGACCUGGCAGAAGACCUCUGGGAUUUUUAUCUUUAAUAUGUUCAAAGAAUAAUUUGGAGUCUGAUGAAACUACUCAAGUCCAUAGUAAGAAGCGUCUAAAACCUGUUAUACCUGUAUCAAGACGAAAUUUGAAAAGAUCUAAUCCACUUAAUGAAAGCCAGAAAAAAAAUCAAGAGUUCUCUGAUCGGCCUCCAUCUCCAAGUGUUUCUAAUACUGAAUCUCAGAAUACUGCCGGUUCAGCAACUCAGGUGUCUAGUGAGCCGCCGUCCCUGAAAGAAAAACAUAAAAGUGGCCAAAAACGGGCACCUGAAGAGGAGCCAACCACAGUCUCUGAAUAUUUCUUUGGUGAUAUCUUCAUUGAAGUGGAUGAAACAGAGUGAAACAGUCUUUUGGAUUUAUUUUCUUUCUUUCUUUCUUUUUUUUAAGCUUGGGAUUUCCAAAGUGAAUUACAUUAACAAAGCAGUAUUUAGAAAAACGCAUCACUGCCUAUUUUUGUUUAGGUCAGUUUUGAAUAUUUAAUGAGUUUCAUUUGAAGCUUUUAUAAUCAGUGGCAAACAUUGCUGAGGUUCAUUUUGAUUGAUUCAGCAUUUUGGAAAUACCAUGCAAAUUAAGACUGCUUUCUCAGACAAAUAGCAACUCCUGUUUACAUUCUGACUCUUCCUGUGCUGAGCACAUGUGGACAUUUGGGAAUGCUGUGGGUAAAUGUCUGUCUAAAUCACAGUGCUGACAUAUUUGGAGCUUGAUUGUAUUUAGUGAACUUUUUUUAUAAAGGUUUUUUUUUUUUGGCCAGGAAUGGGGGGAUGGUAAAGGCCUUUUCAGUUGCCUCUAAGUAUAUGAAAGCAAGUUGUGAAAUUCCACUUUAGUAUGGUAAAGUUAAAAACUUUCCUAUUAUCUGCUAUUUGUGUGACUAAAAAAUAUGUAUUUUUCUAAUUCAUGGUGAUGUAACAUUACUCCUAACUGAAAAGGUGGUACUUAAACUU